AUGUGGCAGGAGCUGGCAAGGUUGAAGGAUGAGACGAUAGGGAAGCUCACUGUGGAGUCCCCUCGGCGCGCUGAUUGCCGUGGUGAUGACUCCUGCGAAUUGCGGGAGGCAUUGGCACAGAGUCAAGGUCAACUCAUGGAUUUGCAGGAGGCUCUUCUAGCAGCUUGUCCAGGAGGCUCACCUUCUGCCAGCCCCAAGUCAGUGGAGUUGCCGGAGAACCAGCUUCACUCAGAACUUUUUGGAAUGAAGCAAUCUUUGUCCAAGCAGGACGCUGUCAUAGCUGACUUGCAAACUCAAAUCACGGCUUUGCGAGCUCAGAGCAGCUACCUGAACCAGCUGUCGGAGCUACGAGAACAACGUCGCCUUGAGACUCAGGAUGAAGUGUUACGCUUAAAGGGGGAGCUCGUAAGCAUUGAGCGCCGGAACUUUGUCGGGUCGGAAUUGGAGCGUGCUGCAGAGGAGGCGACACAGGAGGCUGAGCGUUUGGAACAAGAAUUGCGGAAAAAGGACCAAAGUCUCAAGCAGCUGGUUGAAAUAAAGAUGGGCAUGGAAUUGCACGGUGCAGAAGCACUAGAUGUAGUGCAGUCGGAGGUACCGGCUUUGCUUGAGCAGGUGGGAAGUCUUCAACAGCACCUUAAAGAUCGAGGGGAGCUCUUGUCUUCCUUGGCUUCUGCAAUGGGAUCCACAGAAAACUUGCAAGACUCUGAUGCCCGCAAUUUUUUAAUGGCGAAGGUGCGUCAGAUGAAGGCUCGUGCGGAGCAACUAUUCAACUUAGCAAGUGCCCUUGGAUCUGCAGAUUUGCACGAGUCUGAAGUGGUGGACUUUAUACAGACGAAGGUGCAAACUCUCCAAAAGCAGUUGAAAGCCCGAGACGGCCUACUGUCCGAAGUGGCUUUUGCUGUUGCUGCUCGGUGGAAGCAAAUCGCAGUUCCUCCUUCAUCUAACUGUGCAUACACGGUGUGUCAUGCACGAUUUGUGAGUAUCAACAGGAGUAGGGUUUCAGAUCUCCCCUGUCUUGUUGAAAGGGGUGGAACUUCCAAGUGA